AUGCUCAUAGUGUUCCUAUUAACAGUUUACGUUGUCCAUAAGAGGAAAGUAUACUGGUUGGAAUAUAAAAAGUUUAGAGGGAUAAGCCUUUUGAAUACAACCAAUAAAUUCAUUCCAGUUACUCCAUAUUAA